CUCUAUACUCUAUCACACUGCAGCUCUAUCUCUAUGGUCCCGCUCUGUGCUACAGCUCUAUCAUCCUGACACGUUGCACGUCAGCCACGUCCCAGCGCCCGCCGCAGGGCAUGCCGGGUGAUGUAGUCCCUUGGCUCUCAGUGUGCAGCGGUGGGAUAGGGGAGCGGACUACAAGACCCGGCGGGCGCUGCGGGAGCGGUCGGAGCUGAGAAGCCAAGAAGCUGAGAAGCCGGUUGUGGAAGCGGCAGAGCAGGAGCCGGGAGCCGGUGAGGAGGCUGACAUGUCCGGGAAGGUGAAGGUCCGAGCGGCGGCCAAUGCCGAGUCCAUGUCCGGGGCCGUGUCUGUCAAUGAGCGCAUCCUGCGGGACUGCCAUGGGCUCUACAGCAACAGCGACAGCGGUCUCAUCGCACUUGCCUCCCAUCUGGGCUUAUCUUUUCUUCCUCCACGUAAGAAAAUCACUGUGAUGCUAAUGGGCAAUCACUCUGCUGGGAAAAGCAGCUUCAUUAACUGGUAUGUAGAAGAACAUAUACAGCGGACAGGCGUUGCCAUAGAGACACAAGGAUUCGCUUUUAUAACCAGUGGCCGCAAGAGAGAGUCUCUAACUGGAGAUGCUACGUUACAUCUGUAUCCCCACUUCAAACCCCUCCAAUCCUUUGAAGGUGUAUCUGAAUACCUCUGCACAGAGAUUUCCACGUCACGGCAAAAGAAGUUCAGCUUGGUGACAUUUGUGGAUACGCCAGGGCUUGUAGAUGGUGACAUGAAGUACCCCUUUGAUGUGAACAGAGCCCUAUUAUGGCUAGGGGAGCUAUGUGACCUGGUGCUAGUUUUCUUUGACCCUAUGGGCCAGGCGCUGUGUAAACGCACACUAGAUAUCGUGGAGAAGAUAAACGAACAUCAUGGAGACAAACUGCGUUUUUACUUGAGUAAAGCAGACGAGGCGGGGACAGAAAGUGAUCGCCAGCGGGUGCUCAUGCAGAUCGUUCAGGAAUUGUGCAAGAGACCAGGAUUAAACAAGUGUGGCUUUGACAUGCCGACCAUCUACAUCCCCAACCCAAACAAGCCAAGCCGUUGUGUCAACCAGAUCGAAGAGGUUUGCAAAACCAUAGAGAAGACCAUCACUCAGACUGUCCAGAACACACUGAACACUCUUGGGAGAGACUGCCAGAAACUGACUGAAACCAUUGAGCAGGUUUUGAGAGAAGAUGAUGAGACCGUGAGGCGCAACAGGCGGGCUCGUGUUAAAGGCUGUAUGUUUGGGCUGGGAGGUCUCAUUCUCCCCAUUUUCCUUUUGGCCUCUGCCUUGUUUGGCUUUAUACCUCCUGAGGUCUGGAGUGCGUUGCUGGGGAAGGAUGUGGCUGAAACUCUCGAGAUCUACUUGACUCCUCUGCACACGUUAUGGUCUUUGUUCCCAGAAGGCUAUGUGAGUUAUGUCUUCCUCUCGCUGGCAAUCCUUGCUCUAAUGCUCCUGUUUUUGGCACAGAGAUGUUUCAGGACACAAACUACGUUGAGUAAGAAACAGCGCCGUUACCUGCUAGACCGCCAUGCCUAUGUGAAUGAAGUGGUAGUGCAGAAGAAGAACCAACUCUAUGAAGAUUACUUGAAGCAAAGUGUGGCUGAACAUGACAUGAGCUGACAACAGAAUGACUGAGAAAAUAACAAUCCAGCACGGCCACACGGGGUCUCUGUUACCUGAACUGUGUUCCCUGCCAGAUACAAUAAUAUGACUUUACCUCAUUGGCAUCUUCUCCACUAUUAGUCUUACCUGUACCCUGGAGGAAUCUGAGAAAUAGGCCCACCACUCCGCUAUGUAAAGGUCAAAGACACUCCAUGCCCCUCA